GGGAGGGAGAGCGCGCAGUAGUUCGCUGCGUAAUUCCGUCGGAGUUUCUCUUAGCACCGGCGCGGUAGGGUGGAAGUCUCUGACAAAUUCGGGAUACUUGACUGACUCGGGAUAAACGAAAUCUGCCUGAGCUGUGGCCAGCAUCUGAUCCAUAAUCCGGCUUCUGGUGCACCGGAACGUACUCAAGGAAUCUACCGGACACUGAAAAGGACGACUUAAUUUAGUUUGAAUGCAGCCUCGGCGUUUCGUGGCUUACUAUUUAAUUUAGUUUGCACUUUGAUUUCUCCCGUUUGAUCUGCUUCUUGCAUCAUUGUGCGAGGAAGCACGGACCGGAACAUUUCAAGUUUUCUAGUUUUUUUUCUUUUUUUCCCUUUUUGCUCAGUGUGAUAUUUCUGCAAGGAUGAGACUGUUCCUGGUUCCGGUUCUGGUUCUGUUCCUGGCGGGAGGCGGAGGGGCCCAGAAGCUGCCCACCAGAGACGAGGGCCUGUUCCAGAGCCAGGUCCGGGACAAGGCCCUGUUCCACCACUCCUCUGUGGUCCCGGACGGGGCCGAGAUCAGCGGAUACCUCUUCAGAGACACCCUGAAACGGUACUACUUCGUGGUGGAGGAGGACAACACCCCCCUGUCCGUCACCGUGACGCCCUGCGACGCCCCCCUGGAGUGGAAGCUCACCCUGCAGGAGCUUCCAGAAGAGUCCAGCGGAGAGGCCUCCGGUCAGUCCGAGCCCCUGGAGGAGCAGAAGCAGCAGGUGACGGUGGAGGAGGGCCAGGAGCUCUUCUCCUACAAGGGGAACGACGUGGAGUCGUAUGUCUCCUCCAGCGCGCCGGCCGGCCUGUACCAGCUGGAGCUGCUGUCCACGGAGAAGGACAGUGGCGUGCGCGUGUACGCGAGCACCACGCCGGCGUCCGACCAGCCCUACCCCGAGCUGCCGUACGACCCCCGGCUGGACGUGACGGCGCUGGGCCGCACCACCGUCACGCUGGCCUGGAAGCCCAGUCCCACCGGGGCGCGGCUGGGCCAGCCGCUGCAGUACUGCGUGGUGGUGGGCCAGGAGCACAACUUCAAGAGCCUGUGCGCGGUGGAGGCCCGGACGGGCGCCGAGGAGGCCUUCAUGAGCGGGCCCGAGCCCGGCCGCGACUUCAGCCCCUUCGACUUCGGCCAUUUCGGCUUCGCCUCCGAGCGCAACGACCUGGGCCGGGACCACCGCGCCGGGCCCCGGGCCCCCCCCCCGGCCCCGGUCCGGGCCUCGCGCGCGGACAUCCGCAAGGUCUGCAUCGGCAACAAGAGCACCUUCACCGUGGCGGACCUGAAGCCGGACACGCAGUACUACUUCGACGUCUUCGCCCUGAACGCCGCGUCCAACCUCAGCUCGGCGUACGUGGGCACGUUCGCCCGCACCAAGGAGGAGCCCAAGCAGAAGACCCUGGAGCUGAAGGACGGCAAGGUGGCCGACGUCUUCAUCAAGAGGAAGGGCAGCAAGUUCCUGCGCUUCGCGCCCGUGUCCUCGCACCAGAAGGUCACGCUCUACCUGCACUCCUGCCUGGACGCCGUGCAGGUGCAGGUGCGCCGCGACGGCAAGCUGGUGCUGUCCCAGAACGCCGAGGGGGUGCGCCAGUUCCAGCUGCGCGGCAAGCCCAAGGCCAAGUACCUGAUCCGGCUGAGGGGCAGCCGCAAGGGCGCGUCGGUGCUGAAGGUGCUGGCCAGCACCCGGCCCAACAAGCAGCCCUUCCCCUCCCUGCCCGAGGACACCCGCAUCAAGGCCUUCGACAAGCUGCGCUCCUGCUCCUCGGUGACGGUGGCCUGGCUGGGCACGCAGGACCGCCACAAGUUCUGCGUGUACCGGCGCGAGGUUGCCGCGGGCUACGGCGAGGAGCAGCGCCGCCGCGAGCAGAACCAGUGCGCCGGGCCCGAGGCGCGCAAGAAGUCGGAGAAGGUCCUGUGCAAGUACUUCCACAGCCCCAACCUGCAGAGGGCCGUCACCACGGAGACGAUACGCGGCCUGCAGCCCGGGAGGGCCUACCUGCUCGACGUGUACGCCGUCGGACACGGAGGGCACGCCGUCAAGUACCAGAGCAAGGUCGUCAAGACCCGGAGGUUCUGCUAAUGACUCUUGUACAUAAUAAAUAUAUUAUAAAUAUAUAUAUAUAAAUAUAUGGAGAAAAAUAAAUAAGAAGAUUAUUUAACUCAUGAGUUGGCAGCGAUAUUCUACUAAAGAGCGUACAGUACACACCGGCCACA